AUGUCCCCUAUCAAAAUUUCAGGCAUUUUCAUCGACGACGACAAGAAUAACAGUCUGAUCGAAGGCGGUCAAUCUACUAUGGAUGUCACUGAUGAUCAACAACUGAGCGACGUGGACCUUGAUCGCGCGUUGAAUGAUGAGUUUCAAAAGGCGAUGGCUAUGGAGGCUACAGAUGAUCAGCAAAACGAUGAUGGCUCUGAUGAUGGCUCUGAGGACCGCGAGUUGAAUGAGGAGUUCAGAAAGGCAAUGGAGACUACUGAUCAUGGUUCUGACGACUGGGAGAUCAGUCUUCUCGAAGGGGAAACAGGAAGUUGUACAGACACACUUCCAUCAGCUGAGAGCACUGCCAACGGGGCUGCAUUGCCUGCUCAGUCUUCGCAGCUUUCCACUACCUCCACUCAAGGUAACACCACGGUUCAUACUCCUAGUACUAAUAGUGCCGCUCCACAUAACCGCACUGGAAAAGGAAAAUCCAGAGUGUACGGAGAGCGUACAGAUCGCAGCAAGCACGGUAAUAGUAUGAACGGUCGAAAGCGUACAGCAUUCCCAGACUGCGUCCGAUCCAGUUAG